AUGUCGUCGCAGACCAUGACUGCGCCAGCCGUGGGCCAUCGACCGCCUGACCCAGGCUCCGAUAGCCCGCUGUACGACUAUGGCUGCUCACCAAACACCACAUCCCCUUCCAAUCCUCGAGACGACUCCGCAAUCCGCGACAUGCAGAAUAAUUCUGCCCCGUCAACUCCCAACGGGAUGCCCGCCCCAGACGUCGCAAUCAAAACCGAAUGCUCGGACAACAACGAAUACCCAACUGCGCAACACCAACAAGAUACAAAUACGCAAAACGCCGCAAGUGCGCUCCUAGCGCAGCUACUUGGUAAUCAAACCGCGGCUAACACUACCCCGACUACAAUACAACCUGCACAACAGGAUGAGGACCAGGAUGUUCACAUGGAUAUCAAGAUGGACGACUCAAUCUCACAGUCAUUCGACAUGUCUGCCCAAAACCCCACGCCCAUCGACCCGAGCUUACACCAAGACACCGCCUCGAUAUCUCGCGAGAUUCAGGACUUACUGAAUGGGAAAGCUUUAGGUGACGAGCUCAUGGGAUCAAAUUCUGCACACCACGACAUGAGUCAUGCAGGAUUCAAUUCGUCCGAUGUUAUGCAUACCUUGUCCGACCCCAUGAACCCGAAAUUGAAUAACGACCAGCCCUCGCUCCUCCCGCCGUUGGAUUUUUCCGCCGCCCCAAAAAAUGCGUUUGAAGCUCUUCAGCAAAAUGAGCUGCUCACAGCCGCCUUCCUUUCCCAAAAUGCCGACCUGUCAGCCUUGGGAUAUCAAGAUAUGGCGGCUUCAAUUGCUGGCUCUGAACCUAAGAUCCAAGCAUUUGCCAAGUUGGAGUUUGACGAUGGGCAUUUCUACGUCAAUACAUAUUCAUUUAUCCUCGGGCGAGACGUGCGUGCCGCCCGUGCCGCCCAUCACCGAGAGUUUCAGUACCGGCAGGCCGUGCGCAGCACUCGGGCGAAGAGUUCAAGUGGAGGAAACACAUCUCACACCCCCAACCGCAUGAAGCGGGAGGAGAGUGCUGCCAUGAUGGGCAGUGUUGUCAGUGAUCGGGGAGGUAUCAUGGGCUUUGAUCCGGAUAUACCCCCGCAUCUUCCAAACAAUAUGAACAUGAGCCGACGGUCAUCAAAAUCCUCCUUUGACGAUGCCGUUGUGCCAUUGCAUGCAAAUCCGGCUCAACUACAAUCCACAACCGACUACAAUGCGCUCGCUAUGCAAUCUUUGCAAGAUGGAAACGGAGACGCAAAGCCCGUUGAUGCGCUGGCUUUGCUUCCAUCUCCCGAUUCCUGUCCCACCAUCCCAAUUCAUCCCCCAACGACUGUUGACGGCAGUGCCGCAGGCCAUCGAGGGAUUUCUCGAAGGCAUGUUCGAAUUUCAUACAAUUUUGAUCGUAAUUUGUUUGAAAUGGAAGUGAUGGGACGUAAUGGAGCGUUCAUUGGAGCUGAUUGGCUAUCACCGGGGCAGGUUCGCCCGUUACACAGCGGCGACUACAUCCAAAUUGGAGGUGUGCGCAUCCGGUUCUUGCUACCAGACGUUCCCAUUGGUGAAACUGGAGCAGACCGCAUGGAAGAAAAGAUGGCAGAAAAGCGUGAAGAGGAAGAAGAGAAAGAUGCCCGUGCUUCGAUCGAGAUGGAUGAUGAUGUCGAUGAAUCUGAGAGACUUGGAAGUGACAGCGGCGAGAGUAGGGAACCUUCGAAGAAGAUUAUCCUCAAGACAAAGGAUCCCAAAUCGUCUCAAACAAUGGAUUCUAUCGAGCCUGGAGAUAAUGAUUCCCAGCCGGCCCGCCGCCGGGGACCAGGACGUCCUCCCAAGGAUGGAAUCAUGUCCAAGCGCGAGCGAGCUGAGCUUGCUCGAGAGCAGAAAAAUGCCGCCAAACGCGAGGCGAAUGGAGGUAUCACACCACCUCCGCCUAAGGUGCCCAAGGCCGGGAAGACAGUUGCCAAAGAGUCUGUCGUUCCUGAGUCACCAAAACCAUCUGAGAAGCGAAAAUACACCAAGAGGAAGAAGCCGGAUGGGACCCCAAUGGAUUCUCCCCUUCCCUCAACAGAAGGUGGCCAAAUGUCUGCAGAGCCGCCGCAGGAAUAUGUCAAACCCCCGCCGGUUAAAAAGCGCAAACCAUCACGGUCACCGUCUCCAAACUAUCCUCCGGAGUCUGCUUACAAUGCCGAGGAUCUGGCCAAGCCCCCGUACAACUACGCCGUCCUCAUCUUUGAUGCUUUGACGGAAGCCGGCACGCCAAUGACAUUGAAGCAGAUUUACCGUGCGCUGAAAUUGAAGUAUCCGUACUUCCGCUUCAAGUGUGAGACUGAGGGCUGGACAUCCAGUGUCCGGCACAACCUGAACGGCAACGGUCAUUUAUUCAUGCACGCAGAGCGAGAUGGUAAGGGUUGGUCAUGGCAACUUAUCCCUGGCGCGUCGGUCGAAAAAGAGAAGAAACGACGCCCUUCGCCGCCGCCACAGGUAUCCCACCCACCUACGCCUGCUCCCCAGCAGUACAUGCCCAUGUCCCACUCCUAUGCACCACCACCUCAGGGCCCACCCCCGGUGCCAAAUCCGCCACAGCAUUUCCAAUUCCCUUCCAUACCGCCUGCUCCUUUCCCGGCAUCUGUUAAUGUGGGAGGGCAACCACCACAUUCCAGUCCUUACCCACCUCCAUCAAAGAUCCCUGCGCCUACACCCACUGUUCCUCCUCCUGCUCCCCCUGUCAAAGCUCCUGCUCCUGCUCCGCCCCCAUCUCAGCAAAACUCUGUAACCGGGCCGCAAGAGUCAUCCUCGUUCAUUGAUCGAGCAAACAAGGCAAUCGAUGACUUUGAAGCUGUUCUCAUGGAAGAUUACGAGGACAAGAACUACAUCCGGGAAGUUCUGCGGAGUGCGCGCGCACGUGUAUUGGGCAAUGCGACGGAAAGCUCCUUCCCAGGCGGUGAGCCCAAAGACGAAGCUGUCAUCAUGGACGUGCUACGAAAUUUGGUCGGAAGUCUGAAGGACGAGUGA